AUUACACUGUGACGAUUUUGAUGAAUAUACAUUGAUAAAACAAACAAGUUUACUUCUCGGUUUGUCGAACAGCAUCCCUGGGCUUUGAAACAGCGACGCGACUCCUUCACCUCCCAACGCGGAACCCAAACCUUACCCGUCUCGAUCAAACCCCCGAGAACCAUUACCGUUAUUUCAUCCCCACUCCGCCAGCAAGCCACUCAGGUGGCCGCUUCACUCAAAUGAAAGAGCCAUAUCAAGUUCCCUGAACACAGGCACAAUAAAAUAUGGCGCCGACGGGCGGAGCGAACGCCGGUGGCGGAGGCGGCAACAUCAAAGUUGUGGUCAGAGUCCGGCCUUUCAACAGUCGCGAAAAUGAUCGCAAUGCAAAAUGCAUUGUUCAGAUGCAAGGCGCACAAACCGUCCUUGUUCCUCCAAAUGACGCUGAAGACCGAACGAGAAAAGGAGGAAAGGGGGCAGGUGAUUCCCAAAAGGUGUUCAAAUUCGACAGGUCGUACUGGUCCUUCAACAAGGCAGACCCCAAUUAUGCCGGUCAAGAUAAUCUCCAUAGCGAUCUCGGUAUCCCUCUUCUCGAUAACGCUUUUCAGGGCUACAACAAUUGUAUCUUCGCCUAUGGUCAGACGGGCUCUGGAAAAUCAUACAGCAUGAUGGGGUAUGGAGAGGAUGCCGGUGUGAUUCCACGCAUCUGUCGUGAUAUGUUCGAAAGGAUUGAUCAAGUGCGAUCAGUCGACCCUCAUGUCACUUGUACGGUCGAGGUGUCGUAUCUGGAGAUUUACAAUGAACGUGUUCGGGAUUUGUUAAACCCUGCGACCAAAGGCAACUUGCGGGUCAGAGAACAUCCAUCCACUGGACCUUAUGUCGAAGAUUUGGCCAAGCUUGCUGUCCGGUCUUUCCAAGAGAUUGAGAAUUUGAUGGACGAGGGCAACAAGGCCAGAACUGUUGCUGCCACCAACAUGAACGAGACAUCCAGUCGAUCCCAUGCUGUCUUUACCCUUACCCUCACCCAGAAACGACAUGAUGUUGAAACCUCCAUGGACACCGAGAAAGUUGCCAAAAUAUCUCUGGUCGAUCUGGCUGGUUCCGAAAGAGCCACUUCAACAGGUGCCACAGGCGCUCGAUUAAAAGAAGGUGCCGAGAUCAAUCGAUCUCUUUCAACCUUGGGUCGAGUCAUUGCGUCUUUGGCUGAUCUUUCUUCCGGAAAGAAGGGACUCAAAGUCCCCUAUCGAGACUCUGUUCUGACCUGGCUGUUGAAAGACUCCCUGGGUGGCAACAGUUUGACAGCAAUGAUUGCCGCCAUUUCCCCUGCAGACAUCAAUUUUGAGGAGACGUUGAGCACCCUGCGCUAUGCUGACUCUGCCAAGAGAAUCAAGAAUCAUGCUGUUGUCAACGAAGAUCCAAAUGCACGCAUGAUUCGUGAACUCAAAGAAGAACUCGCCAAACUCAGGAGUCAACUCGGAGGUGGCGGGGCUCCUGGCGUCGCAGAAGAGGUCUACCCACCUGAUACCCCUCUUGACAAACAGUGGGUUUCCAUGGUGCAGGCCGAUGGUACCGUCAAGAAAGUCUCCAAGGCCGAGAUCAUGGAUCAGCUGAAUCAAAGUGAGAAGCUGUACAAAGAUCUCAACCAGACGUGGGAGGAAAAACUUGCAACCACCGAACAGAUCCACAAAGAACGAGAAGCCGCCCUCGAAGAAUUAGGUAUCAGCAUCGAGAAAGGCAAUGUUGGCCUGAGUACACCGAAGAAGAUGCCACAUCUUGUCAACCUCAGUGAUGAUCCUCUUCUUGCAGAAUGCCUUGUCUACAACUUGAAGCCUGGCGUCACCACAGUGGGCAACGUUGAUGCUCCUGUCGCAUCAGAAAUUAGAUUGAACGGAUCCAAAAUACUGGAGAAUCACUGCAGGCUGGAGAAUGUUGACAAUGUCGUGACCAUUAUUCCCGCCGACGGUGCUGCAGUGAUGGUCAACGGCGUCCGCGUGGACAAGACUAAGAGAUUGCGAAGCGGGAACCGUAUCAUCUUGGGAGAUUUUCAUAUCUUCCGUUUUAAUAAUCCCCUUGAAGCCAAAGCCGAGCGAGCAGAACGGAGUCUGCUGAGGCAUUCCGUGACAGCAAGCCAGUUGAAUUCGCCCACACCAUUCAGGCCCGGGCACGAAAGAUCCUGGAGUGCGGCCGGGUCAGAAUUUGAAGGCGAUUCCAGCAGAGCUCAGUCGCCGGGACUCGGCAACAGGGAUUCGGACUGGUCGUUCGCCAGAAGAGAAGCUGCCAACGCUUUACUUGGGGCUGAUCAAAAGAUCACUAAACUUAGCGACGAGGAGCUGGAUAGUCUUUUCGAAAACAUUCAGCGGGCUCGGGAAGAGCGUCGAGGACGGUCUGAAAAUAGGUUGAGCGAACUCGAUGACGACUCUGAUGACCUUUCCUCAUUCCUUGUCAGAGACAAAUACAUGUCCAAUGGCACGAUGGAUGGAUUCUCUCUGGAUACUGCCCUUACUCUACCAAACACUCCAUCAUUACAUGGCGGGUCUCAAGAAGGUGAUGCGACAUUGACGCCAGCACAGUUCGAACAGAUGUCGAAACAAGGACAGCCACAGCCCUCAGACCAAGAGCAGCGCGAAGCUGCUGAAGCCAGUAAGCAAGCUGAACGAGAGGCCCAGGCCGCUCAAAUGCAGCAAGAAUUGGAGAAAGCAAAAGACGAAUUUCAGGAAGAGCUGAGAAAACAGAAACAAUCAUACGAACAGCAGAUCAAGAAAAUGGAUCUGGCGGCAAAAACAAGAGAAGCCGCUCGGACACCAGCGGGAUAUCUCCCUCUUACUGGAUCGGAAAUUGCCAUUGCUCGAAAUGUGGUGGAUAAAUGGCAGCAGAGAAACUACAUUCGCAUAGCAGAACUGAUUCUGCAGAACGCCAGUCUCCUAAAAGAAGCACAAAUUAUGACCAAGUUCCUGGAACAGGACACGAGUUUCCAAUUUGUAAUUCUAGAUCUCGGUCAAGAACGUGGCUCCUCGUACGACCUCAUCCUUCACGACAUCUCGAUCGAUGAUGACGAUGCCCUUGCCAAUGCGCCGAAGCCAUGUUUGGCAGCCCGAGUGAUUGACAAUCAACUCAACUGUGUCCAUCUCUGGUCGUUGGAAAAGUUGCGCACAAGGGUCAAUAAGAUGCGACAAAUGCAUUCCUACAAGGAUCAGCCCGAGUAUAUGCAGCACUUUCGCAUGGACAAUCCUUUUCGUGAUUCGGAGCAGCCGCUGUUCUCGUUGAUUGGCGAUGGGAACAUCCCACUGACAGCCGUCUUCGAAACCCGAGUUCAAGACUUCACGGUGGACAUCUGCUCACCAUCCACGCGACAGAUAGUCGGACGUGUCAGAAUGUCACUCGAGCCAUCUUUGGCAGAGUCCCCACCUUCAGUCAUCAAGUUUAAUGCAAUCAUUCGAGAUCUUGCAGGGUUUUCUGAGCACGAAGGAACCCAAGUGCACGCUCAGAUGGCGGUGUUGGGAACUCAAGACGAAAGCGUCGCAACCACGCAAACGAUUGGUGACUUCGGUGAUAAUGUCAUCCGAUUCGAGAGUAUUCACCACCUGAGCGUCGACCGGUCAGGCGGAAAGUCGGCGAUACUCAAGAUCAGCAUUUUCGCACAAGUCAGCUCCACACAUCUGGAUAAACUUGUCAGCUGGGAUGAGUUGCGAGAAAUGAAUGAGACGCCGGAAGAACACCAGAUCCAACGGUUGCCCGAGUCAGAGUAUAAUGUGGACGAGCGACACGAUGUCUUUACCAAGGUUCAAAUCCUAGAGUUGGCAGAGAAUGGUCAAUACAUGCCAGUGGAAGUGCUUCAAACAAGCGCUGAUGACAAGGGCGCCUUUCAACUCCAUCAAGGUCUUCAACGCCGUGUGUCCAUCACAUUGACACAUUGCCUUACCGAAGGUUUGCCAUGGGAUGACUUAAAAGGACUUCGGAUUGGGGAAGUCCACCUGAUUGAUUCAUCAGGACGUAUCGCGGACAUAGGAUCUGUGACACCAGAGAUUAUGUUGAAGCAGAUACAAGAACCCAUGAUCAAGGACAACGCCGAUGGGACCUCCAACAUUACCAUCAUUGGACAAUGGGAUUCCUCCCUCCACAAAUCCUUGUUGCUGGAUCGAACAACCAACGAGCACAAUAGAAUUCAGAUUGUCUUACGCUGGGACGUUUUGUCUUCUCGAUUGGAGCAUCUGAUGACCUUUUCCAUUGAGCAACAACUUCAAGUGUUGCCAAGAUCUUAUGUCAGACCACAAUCGAUGUUCAAAUCGUUCUGGAAUCAGAUUCGAAUCACUCACUCCACAGACGGUUUGUUUUCAAUUGUGGUUCGUCCAAUCAGUGCCAGACGAGCAGCAGAUCUGUGGCGCUUGGACACGUCCAAGAACUAUAUCAAUGGGGAAGAGUUGUUGGGAAAUUGGCAUCCGAGGGGUAUUUCCCUCGUCAAAGAUUAUCUCAUUUCUCGAAGAAAGAGGCGACAGCUUCAAGAUAUUGAGUCAGCCAGGGCAGCUCUUGGCUUGAGGAGGCUCAGCGUCAGCAAACUACGAUCUCGCGCAGCUUCUCCCACCAGCAUCGAUGCCAGGGAGGAACAACUGUUACGAAAAUUCCUUGCAAUCUGGCAAAAGCCGAGCGUGGAAUUGUCGAACCCGAUCUUUGGUGAUGGCUACAAGACGACUCGAGACGUUGACCGAAGUCCUGUGCGACGACCAGAAAGUUCACAGCGCAAGGUUCGCUAUCUGGCUACUGUUUCAAAUGUUCAGAAAUCCCCUACAUCACUGAAAUCGGGACAUUUACUCAUGCCGUCUGAAGACUUUGGCAACGCUUCUCACAGCCAGAGCAUGCAGUGGAAACGACGGUUCGUGGAUCUUCGCCCUCCGUAUCUGUACAUCAACUCAGUCCCUGAUGGAGACACGAUCAACGCCAUUAAUUUGACACACGCACGAAUCGACCAUGAUCCUGAUUUCAAACGCCUCCUCGGAAGCAGCGGCUCAGUAUCAUCGAACGAGAGCGCACGUGGACACCGAAGAACAGGAAGUAGCGAACUACAUGGCCUAGCACAUGUAUUUGCGGUAUAUGGCGAACAAAACACUUUUCUGUUUGCAGCAAGAAGUGAGAGUCAGAAGCUGGAAUGGAUCUUGAAGAUUGAUCAGAGUUACUUUGGAGCUGAAGAUAACGUUGUUGUUGGGGAGCAAUGAUCUAAAUUUGCUGGAGGUACAUGUAUGUAUUCACACUCGAACGAGGGUGGUCACCAUCUGAUGGGAUGGUGGUAUACUUUGUCGUUUCUACCCUUCUGGGGAGAGAUUAGGAUAUGGAUGAUUUGUCGUUUCUGAGAUACCCAUAACAAUGCUGAAGAUCUUUGCAUAUAUAUAUAUA